AUGGCAUGUUCCGAUAAGAAGUCCUGCGAGGGCUGCUCAUGCAGCAAUGAUACUCAACCCCAAUCAAUCAAUAUCGAGGACUGUUUAAACGAGCUGCAGGCUCUGCGCCGACGUAACCAGGAACUGGAAACUCGCAUGGGCGUCAAAAUCGAGGCUGAGAAUGCCCAAGUCCCUGUCAAACAGCCGGGACGAACACUUCGUUCAUCGGCAUGGUUCGACUGCCGCAGCAAUCCCGGUAUGACAGCUGUCUAUAUGGAGCGAUAUUUCAACUACGGUAUUACAAGAGAGGAACUCAUGUCCGGAAAGCCAAUGAUUGGAAUUGCUCAGACGGGAUCGGACAUUGCGCCGUGCAACCGGCAUCACAUCGAACUUUCUAAGCGUGUUCGGGAGGGUAUCCGGACCGCUGGAGGUAUUCCAUUUGAGUUUCCUACACAUCCUAUCCAGGAGACAUCAAGACGACCUACUGCUACCCUCGAUCGUAAUCUGGCGUAUCUUGGCUUAGUAGAAAUUUUGAGCGGCUAUUUCCUUGACGGGGUUGUCUUGCUUACCGGGUGCGAUAAAACCACACCGGCGUGUUUGAUGGCCGCGGCCACAAUGAAUAUUCCUGCUCUCUGCAUGAACGUGGGACCUAUGCUAAACGGGUACUCCAAGGGAGCUUUGACUGGAGCAGGCACCGUAUUAUGGCAUGGACGAGAGCUCUAUGCCACCGGCGACAUUGACGAAAAUGAGUUUAUGGAUUACAUCGCACGGGGAACCCCAUCAGUCGGCCAUUGCAAUACAAUGGGAACCGCCUCUACGAUGAAUGCCCUCGCAGAGUCUUUGGGCAUGGCAUUACCCGGAUCAGCCGCUAUCCCCGCUGCCUAUCGCCACAGAGCACAAUGCGCCUAUGAAACAGGCAAGCGGAUCGUGGAAAUGGUAGAAGCAGAUCGGAAACCUUGCGAUAUCAUGACACGAGAGGCAUUUGAGAAUGCCAUUGUGGCCAACGCGGCCAUCGGCGGUAGCACCAAUGCUCCUAUCCACAUCAAUGCUAUUGCCCAGCAUGCGGGUGUAGAAGUAUCCAUGGACGAUUGGGAUACUAUUGGAUCUACUAUUCCUCUACUUUUGAAUAUGCAACCUUCGGGAGAAUAUCUCGGGGAAGAAUACUACCGCGCUGGAGGGCUCCCGGCUAUUAUGGCCGAGCUCCUGGAUCAGGGCAAACUGCAUGGCAAUGUGCUCACUUGCAACGGGAAAACUAUUGCCGAGAAUGUACGCGGCAAACAUACAUGGGAUCGCCGUGUCAUCAAAUCAUACGAUGAUCCGUUGAUGAAAGAUGCUGGGUUUGCUCACUUGAAGGGAAACCUCUUUGAUUCUGCAAUUAUGAAGACCUGCGUCAUUUCACCCGCUUUCCGAGAGCGAUACCUUUCGAAUCCCGACGAUCCAGAGGCCUUUGAAGGAUCGGUAGUGGUUUUUGAUGGACCCGAAGACUACGAAAACCGCCUGGAGAACACACCAUACAUUGAUGAGAAGACAAUUCUUGUUAUGCGCGGUGUUGGUCCGAUUGGAUAUCCUGGAGCAGCGGAGGUUGUGAAUAUGCAUCCACCAGGCCGGCUCUUGAAAGAAGGAAUUGAUGGACUGUUUUGUAUUGGUGACGGCAGACAGUCGGGAACUUCUGGCACACCUUCUAUCUUGAAUGCUAGCCCCGAGGCUGCAGCAGGAGGUAAUCUUGCCAUUCUGAAGGAUGGGGAUAGGCUUCGCAUUGAUUUGCGGAAACGGCGAGUGAAUCUUCUCAUUUCCGAUGAUGAGAUCCAACAGCGGAGGCAGGAAUUAGGUAUUAAGGGGUAUCCCAUUGCUCCAAGUGGCACUCCAUGGCAGGAAAUCUUCCGCCAAGAAACCGACCAACUGAGCAAUGGUAUGGUGCUACGAAAGGCCGUCAAAUUUCAGAGACUAGCCCAGCAAGGCCAGCCGCUGCGUCAUAAUCAUUGA